AUGGGAACAGGUGAUCGUCUGCUAGACAUUCCGUGCAAAGUGUGCGGCGACCGUAGCUCCGGCAAACACUACGGCAUCUACAGCUGUGACGGUUGUAGCGGGUUCUUCAAGCGCAGCAUCCAUCGCAACCGAGUGUACACUUGCAAAGCCCAAGGAGAACUCAAGGGUCGCUGUCCAAUAGACAAGACCCAUCGCAACCAGUGUCGCGCUUGUAGACUGAACAAGUGCUUCCAGUCUGCAAUGAACAAAGACGCCGUUCAACACGAGAGGGGCCCCCGCAAACCCAAGUUGCCCAAGGAGGGCCUCGUAGGAGAGCAGAGUGUGACGUCAGGGCCCCUUAAACUACCACAUCCUCCCAUGUUUCCUCCCCCGCCAUCCCUCAAGUCUCCUGACGUCGCCACGCCACCUCAUCACAUGUUCCUGCCUCACCAACCUCCGCCACCGGGCCUACUGCAGAUCCUCAUGUCAGCUGAGAAAUGCCAGGAGGUGCUAUGGAGCAGCAAACAAGAACACGAUAGGUUAUCCACGAUGGGUAUCACAUCUCCAGUAGGACCACCACCUCUCGCACUCUCUCCCUCCUGGGAGGUGUUGCAGGAAACCACAGCACGGUUACUCUUCAUGGCUGUUCGGUGGGUCAGAUGUCUUGCGCCCUUCCAGACGCUCUCCAAGAGAGAUCAGCUUCUACUUCUCCAAGAGUCGUGGAAGGAGUUGUUCCUGCUUCACCUCGCCCAGUGGUCCAUCCCGUGGGAUCUCUCACCGUUGUUCAACAGCAGCAAGGCUCGAGAACGGCUUCCCCCGGAUGAUCCUGUUAUCAACAACGAGAUCAAGGCCAUCCAAGACAUCCUCGCUAGGUUCCGCCAACUGUCACCAGACGGCAGCGAGUGCGGCUGCAUGAAGGCUGUCAUUCUCUUCACUCCAGAAACACCUGGUCUGGUGGACGUUCAGCCAGUAGAAAUGCUGCAAGAUCAAGCCCAAUGUAUCCUAGGAGACUAUGUACGAGGGAGAUAUGCUCGCCAGCCAACUCGCUUCGGCCGGUUUCUCCUCAUGUUGCCUAGUCUACGGGGAGUACGGCAGUCUACCGUAGAACGACUUUUCUUCAAAGAGACUAUCGGAGAUAUUCCCAUCCAGAGGCUACUGGGUGAUAUGUACCUCAUGGAGAAAUCUUAUGCUUAGGGAUUAAGCGACGUUUGAGCAUUGAAUAAGUCAGUUUAUAGAACACUGAAGUGCAAUACUUACUGUGUUGUAGAUUUAAUGUAGUAAAU